CAAAAUUUCCUCCCGCGUAUUCUACGUCCUUCCACAUAUCUUUUCUCCAUCGCCCUUUAAUCCACGAUCAAUCCCGUUCUGUGGAGGGCUCUUCGUGUUGUUGCAAUCAUGAAUUCCCUUACGAGAAAGGCGGCGCACUCCGAAAACGCCCUGUCUCGGGCGUCCGUCCAUCUGAGCUCGGCCGGCAGAUCCCCUGCGUACCGACGAUUAGCUUCUCAACUCUCCCAGAAUGCUAGCCGCGAUGGUGCCCGGCCACAGGGCUCAAUUCUCUCUGGCGCAAUUCGCUCGCCUUUGAGGUCCUCCUUCCUCCCAUCCGAACUUCACUUUACUCCUGGCGUUCAAUCUCGCCUCUUCCACGUCUCUAGCCAGCUCGCUCAAGACGAGAAGCCGAAGACGGAGCAGACCCCACCAGGGACGAAGGACAAAACGGCUGCCGAAAGCGAAUCCGAGGCCAAGCCCCAGGAGACCGAGUCCAAGAAGACCGAAGAGGGCGAGAACGGUGACAAGGAGGGCAAAGAGCAGAAGGAUGGUAAGGACGGCGAGGAUGAGGGCAAGCAGGAGAAGAAGAAGGAAGAUCUUCCCCCCCCCCCUCCUCAUGGCGACAAGACUCCUUGGCAGGUGUUCAUGGAGACUAUGAACACUGAGUUCCAAAAGUCGCAAGAGUGGAACGAGUCGACCAAGCAGAUUGGCGCUGCCGCCCACCAAUUCUCCGAAAGCGAGUCAGUUCGACGUGCUCGUGAAGCCUACGAGAAGUCCACUGGUGCCAUCACCGACACCGUCGGCGGGGCCGUCAAGACGACUGCCGGCGCCAUUGGCAAGGGUGCCGCCUGGACCUGGGAUACCUCGGUUGUUAAGGGUGUGCGCAAGGCCGCCAACGUCACCGGCGACGCCGUGGACAAGGCCACCCAGCCCAUCCGCCAGACUGAGGCUUACAAGAACGUGAAGGAUGUCAUCGAUGAUGGCAGCUCUUCACGAUACGGUGGUUGGGUCGAGAAGGAGGAGCGCCGUAAGCGAAGAGAGGCUCUGAAUAAGCAGCGCGGUGCGGAGGGUGGGGAGGUCAUGCAGGAGGACCCUGAAGCCGGCACCAACGUAACGCUCCACAAGGAUGCCGCUUGGAAGGAGGCGUGGAGAGACUUCCGCGAUACCAGCUCGUUCGUCCAGGGCAUCUUCAGCAUGAAGGGCAAGUACGAGGAGUCGGAAAACCCUCUCGUAUCAACCGCUCGAAGCAUCACCGACCGAAUUGGCGGAUUUUUCGCUGAGAACGAGACUGCCAUGGUCAUUAAGAAGUUCCGAUCGAUGGACCCCGCCUUCCAGGUUGAGCCCUUCCUGCAAGAGCUCCGGGAGUAUAUCCUCCCCGAGGUUCUGGAUGCCUACGUCAAGGGUGAGACGGAAACGCUGAAGCUGUGGCUAUCGGCCGCCCAGUACUCCGUCUACGAGGCCUUGACCAAGCAGUACCUCCAGGCCGGUAUGAAGUCGGAUGGACGUAUCCUGGACAUCAGGAACGUCGACAUCCUCCGGGCUCGUAUGCUGGAUCCCGGUGAGGUGCCCGUCUUCAUCAUCACUUGCCGCACCCAGGAGGUGCAUGUCUACCGCAACGCCAAGACCAACCAGCUUGCAGCAGGCAUGGAGGACAAGGUGCAGCUAGUAACAUACGCCAUCGGCAUCACCCGGGUGCCCGAGGACGUCAACAACCCUGAGACUCGGGGAUGGCGUCUGAUUGAGAUGCAGAAGAGCGGCCGAGACUGGUACUGAUCUCAGCGCGCUCACAUCCGGCGUCAUGGCGGGGAAUGUUUUGUUGGAUAUAAAAAGACGGAGCGCGGUCGACCUGCGGCAGGGUUUGGCCAACAUGUGUUAAUAAAUGUACAGUACGACCAAUCAUGUGGAAGAUACCAGGGCUCUCGACAUGACGAAAAAACAAUUUAUAUAGGGGAGGAUGGGGUUUUGGGCUGCAUAUCACCAAAAGGAAAACAACACGCCGCUCUGCUUGCCUCGAAGGGGAAACCGAGGCUUUGUAUGUACGAUUUACCUCUGUAUAGGGGAUGCGAUGGGAUGAGAGAUGGGGGGGAACAUGCAUGGUUGGGGUUGAAGGCAUAGACAUUCAGAUAAGGAAUCCCUAAAUCUGACCUCACGACAUUUAAUGCCGAAUGAUGAUAUGUCCUAUUUCAAUAUGAG